AUGGCAGAGGCAGGGGACAGCCAACAUUUCCUUGACUCGGAGGUCGACGUCCUGCCUCCCGACACUGUCUCCCUCAGCGACUCAGACUCAGACCUCAGUCUGCCGGAUGGUGCUGGGGUGGAUGCCCUGUCCCCGGGGGGGCUGCCUGGGGAGGCUUCCGGGGAUUCGGGUCCCGAUGAGCCCCCCUCACCCCCCAGGGGCCUCCCCACAGAGGCGGUGCAGCCCUUCCAUCUGAGAGGCACGAGCUCCACCUUCUCCCAGCGCAGCCACAGCAUCUUUGAUGGCUUGGAGGGGGCCGUCAGGCGGGCUGUGCCCGCUGUGGCUCCAGCCAGUCCAGGGGACAGGGGGAGCUUCCAGCAGCUGCUGACACCCUCCAGCCAGCCUGCAGCGGGUGGCCCAGGUAGGGCCGCUGGAAGCCCUGCUCCCCCAAGGGCGCCCCCCGUCCCUGACUACGUGACCCACCCUGAGCGCUGGACCAGGUACAGCCUGGAAGAGGUGGCCGAGGCCAGCGAGCAGAGCAACCGGGCCGCCGCCCUGGCCUUCCUGGGCCCGCAGAACCUGGCCGCCCCCGGCGACUACGUGCCCUCCUUCAAUCAGGAUCCCUCCAGCUGCGGGGAGGGCCGGCUUGUCUUCACCAAGCCUGCCCGAGCCAGCGAGGCUCGGCCCGACAGGAGGCGGGUCCCGAGGAAGGCGGGGGAGCCGGGCAGGAGCGACCCUGGGGUUCCAGGAACGGCAGGGGGCGAGGGCCCCGUGGAGCUGGCCCACCUGGCCAGGCCCUGGAGCCCCGAAGCUGAGGAGUGGAGCGGACCCCGAGGGGGCCUGCAGGAGGUGGGUGCACUUGCGGGCGUAGCCCACGCCAGGUCUGGGUCCAGCCCCCCGCUGGUGGAGACAGUGGGUUUCCACGGCAGCAGGAAGCGGAGCAGGGACCACUUCCGGGGCAAGGGACCACUUCCGGAGCAAGGGCACAGCCCCGAGGCCCCAGGCGUGGAGGUGUGA